GUGAGAGCGCGAGAGACAGACGUCAGAGAGGGAGACUAUGCAGCCUGCCAUACAAAAGUGUAUAGGGCAGUGAAUGUAAAUAAACGGCGAUUCCAUACUUCUUACUCCCACCCCUUUUUGCCCAAGACAGAAUCGGGGCUUCUUCGAUCAUGGUUCAGGGAAAUAGAUAUCCUGUAUUCAGCUGGGACAGCCGAAAUUAAAUCAGCAACGUUAGGGGGGCUUCUGAAACAGCAAAAGAGAGUGUAUGUAUUAUUUUGAAGAAGUCCUUGCAGUGCCAGAACACAAUACAACCGAAAAAGAAUCAGAGAGAGAGGAGGGUGAGGACCGGGACCGCUGCAGAGCUCAUCGCCGGCUUCCGGACAUUCGGGGCGGCAUUCAGUUCGCACGUCCCUCCUGGAGGAAAAGCAAGCCAAAACACCGUCAAUAUUGGACUGAAAUUUCUGGAAGCAUUUAAAGAACGGUGGAUUUUGUUUCUGUGAUGUCCAGGAAAGUGCAAAGAAGCGAGGUGUGCGCCGACUGCAGUGCACCAGACCCGGGCUGGAGCAGUAUAAACCGAGGGGUUCUGAUCUGCGAUGAGUGCUGUUCUGUGCACCGGAGCCUGGGCCGACACAUUUCCAUCGUCAAACACCUACGACACAGUGGCUGGCCUCCCUCCUUACUGCAGAUGGUGCAGACCCUGGCCAGUAAUGGCGCUAACUCAAUCUGGGAACACUCCCUGCUGGAUCCUGCACAGGUUCAGAGUGGGCGCAGGAAACCAAACCCACAAGAUAAAGUCCACCCAACUAAGUCAGAGUUCAUUCGUGCCAAGUACCAGAUGUUAGCCUUUGUCCACAAGCUGCCCUGCCGUGAUGAUGAUGGGGUCACCACCAAGGACCUCAGCAAGCAACUGCACUCUAGUGUACGGACAGGAAGUCUGGAGACAUGUUUACGGCUGCUGUCUCUGGGGGCACAAGCCAACUUCUUUCACCCAGAAAAGGGCACGACUCCUCUGCAUGUGGCCGCCAAGGCGGGGCAGGUUCUGCAGGCUGAGCUGCUGGUGGUGUAUGGUGCAGAUCCAGGAGCUCCAGAUAUCAAUGGCCGCACACCCAUAGACUAUGCCCGGCAAGCAGGACAUGUGGAGCUCGCUGAGCGCUUGGUGGAGUGUCAAUAUGAGCUCACGGACAGAUUGGCCUUUUACUUGUGUGGCAGACGCCCAGAUCACAAGAAUGGACAUUAUAUUAUCCCUCAGAUGGCAGACAGAGCUCGUCCUAAGUGCCCGACGCAGAGCCUGGACCUCUCUGAACUGGCAAAAGCAGCUAAGAAGAAGCUUCAAGCGUUAAAUAACCGCUUGUUUGAGGAGCUGGCUAUGGAUGUGUACGAUGAAGUGGACCGUAGAGAGAAUGAUGCAGUCUGGCUGACAACUCAGAACCACAGUACGCUCGUAACGGAACGGAGUGCUGUCCCCUUCUUACCGGUUAACCCUGAAUACUCAGCGACACGCAACCAGGGGCGACAGAAAUUGGCUCGCUUUAAUGCACGAGAAUUUGCCACCCUCAUUAUCGACAUCCUCAGUGAUGCCAAGAGACGACAACACGGAAAAGGCUUGACAAGCCCCACAGACCCUCUGGAUCUGAGCCAGACAGACGAUGACCAGCACGAUUAUGACAGCGUAGCGUCUGAUGAGGACACAGACAGCGAGCUGACUGCACAGAAUAACAACAACACCCAGCGAAACAACAGGGCCAAGAGCAUGGAUUCAUCAGACCUGUCAGAUGGGCCCAUCACAUUACAGGAGUAUCUGGAGGUGAAGAAAGCACUGGCUUCUUCGGAGGCCAAAGUUCAACAACUAAUGAAGGUCAACAACAACCUAAGUGAGGAGCUAAGGAGGCUUCAGAAGGAGAUCACGCGGAUGCAGUCGGAGAACAGCGUGCUGCGGGGGGCCCAGGCUGGAGCCGGGGGCAAUCUGACCGGGGGUGGUGGCCAAGGACUGUGGCCUGGUGGGGUAAGGGGUACAGGAGGUGGCGGAGGGGUUGGCGGAGACUCCGGCCUAACAACCCCCUCCUCCAACCCCCUUCGCCGGGAUAGACAAGCCUUCUCUAUGUAUGAGCCUGUGGUGACCACCCCCAAAGCUCUUACCCCAGCCCUGGACCCCCUGACUGGCCGCCUGCAGCCUCUCAACCCCUCCGUGCGAAAGGGAGCCCCUGCAGGUCCAACCCCCUACGGAGGGCCACACCUGUCAGCCUCUACUGAGGGACGAUACAAUCCUCCUAAAAUCGGAGAGAAGUAUGGGAGCGCCACAGAUAGUGACUAUGACAACUCUCAAACUUAUGACAUCUCCCUUGGCAUGGGCCGCAGCAGUGAAGAGGAGAGUAGGGGGGAUGCGGAAGAGAGAGAGUGGGAUCCUGACCCCACGCUGCCCUGCACAGAGGAUGUCAUCCUCAAGACAGAGCAGGUCACCAAGAACAUCCAGGAGCUCCUGAGAGCUGCACAGGAGUUUAAACACGACAGUUUUGUGCCAUGCUCGGAGAAGAUCCACUUAGCUGUGACAGAAAUGGCUUCUCUCUUUCCCAAGAGGCCAGCAUUGGAUGCAGUGCGCUCCUCUUUGAAGCUCCUGGCAGCCAGUGCCUCCCGUCUACAAGUGGAGUGUCGCAAAGCGGCUCCAUCCGACACGUCAGCAAGCACGGUGGACUAUCAGCUCCUCACCCAACAGGUCAUCCAGUGUGCCUAUGACAUUGCCAAAGCUGCUAAGCAGCUGGUCACCAUCACCACCCGUGAGAAGAAACAGUGACCCAACCUGCACAGUGGGGUCCGUCAGGCAGGGGAUAGUCUGGCUGAUAAAGGGACGAGGAGGAAGACACUAUACUGAGAGACUGGUGGAUGAUGGAGAAAGGAAGUGACAUAUGGUAGAUAGAAAAAGAAAGGUCCGAUGGACCAGAACGUUGAAUGUUAGAACGGAUGAGCGUAACAGUGGGUCUAAUGGUGGUGAUGAACAGACGGAUAUGGCCACCAAGAUGGAGAGAAUGUUUGGGAGAAGCCAGUUGGAGCGGCCUGUUUCAUAACACUCCUGUUCAUCUUUCUGUUCUGUGUUUUGAGGAUUUUCUUUCUUUGACACAUCUAAAUACAACAAUAUUUUGUUAGCACACAGACGACUACCGUCGUGUUGUAUUUCACUGUCACAAAUACACAAGCACUCCUACCCUCAUCUGGAGAACCACAAUCUUUCCUUCUGUAUCGAUUUCUUCUUUCUCUUUCUUCUCUCUCACAAUUCUUUUUGUGUUUUUAAAUGCUGCUCCAUUGGCCUGUUUCUCUUGGGACAGAUGUAAUGACUUCUAAACGAAACAAAACGAAAAACACUGGAGUUGUUUUAAUGUUUAUGACUUUUGUUUUAUAUUAUUGUUACAAUUAUCAUUGUCCUUUUGAUUUUUGUCUUUUGAUAAUCUGUUUAGUUUUUUAAGUGGAAAUCAUGCUUAACAGGGUGAACAAUAACCUGCGAAACUUAAGCAAAACUCUCCCGUCCUCCAGUGUAAUAACACUGAUUCACUCACAGUGUUUUACUAUGUAUACUAAUUUUGUUUCUCAAAUGUGUUGAACACUAGCCAAAGGAACAGAGGUGGGUGAUGACUACAGUUGCGGAUCCCUCCAUUUUCUUCUAGCACAAAGACAGCAGUUGGGGUUAAUGUACAGAAAACGCCCUGGCGGAGAGGCAAACAGCCUUGCUCCUCUCAUCUCAUUUCAAUCCCUACAUUAGUGGGUUUGUUUUCAGUUCAAUGCAAAUGUGUUAGCACAAUCACCACGUUAUUUCCUCUCCGGCUUUUAGUUUGGGAAACGAGCCAUUUUAUCAAAGGCCACCACUAUUGGACAUCUCAUCUUUAUUUUCUGCACAUAAACUUCAUUGACGAUUUUAAUGGCCUUCUUCAUGAGCUUAGUGGAGUUCAGACUUUUUAAUGAGGACUCUUCCAUUCAGGUGUGUGUGUGUGUGUGUGUGUGUGUGGUUUUUUUGUUUUAAAUUUAAAUUUUUUUUAUUUCAGAAUUCAUGCCUCAUGCUUUAUAAUAUGUCCUGUUUUUUUGUUGGUUUUUUUAUCAGAAUGCAUAUGCGUAGUUUUUAUUAAUGUAAAAUGACCCUUGUUAUGUUCUAUAAGCUACAACCAUGUGAAUGUUGAUGGUUGAAGAUGACCACUAUCAAUGUUCUCUUCACUUACAUUUCAGUUGCAGUCAUAAGAAAAACAACCACUGCAUUAGAACAAGUGAACUUCUGUUGGAGAUCUGGAGUUAAUGCUAAACUCCUUUUAUUUUCAUGGGAGAGGAUUUAAACUGGAGCUUCCAGUAUAUAUGCUUGCACCGAUACAAUUCUUUAUGAAACUGAGGCUUGAUAUCACAUCUGCAUUCAAGCACCAUCAAAUUUAGUAUUCAAUACAGUUACUUUGAUUCUAGAAACCCAUCUCAUGCUGCAAGCCUUAAAACUCCUUUAUGCAUGUUCUUUUACCUCCCCACCAGCCUUUUUAAGUUAAGCCAUGUUUUGUUCUUGCCUUUUGUUCUUAUAACUUUUCAAUAUGGGGUAUUGAAUGAUGUUAAUGUCCCCUAAAAUGUGUCCAAAAGAUUGUCUGAAAAUCUAUGAUCAUUGCAUUUGCACAUCUGCUAGACUGACUCUAUAAGCGUCUGCUGUUUCUUUCAUUACUCAGUAAUUACCGUAUGUGAAUGCAUUUCUUCCACACUAGAAGCACACCGUGAGUACAUGUGUGUUGGAUGUUUAAAUGUUUUAUUUUUCCUGAUUUUUAGUUUUACACUAAAUAUGUCAGGAGGAUCACUAGGUAAUGGUUUGCUAUGUAAUGUUAUUGGGAGAAAGACCUUUCAAAGUGUCAAAGAAAGAGGUCAUUCUUAAAUAAGCACUACAUUCAGAAGUGUAUGGGAGAGGGAGUCAUUGCACACUUUAUAGACAUUGCAUACUUUGCUCACAAUGCACGAGUAAAUUAAUUUCUUUAAAUAAAUUAAUACACACACAGGACCACUCUUCUGUAAUGCAGUCAUUCUAGUAGUUGCACUGUACUUGUAAUGACUGAUUUUUCUGAUAUCACACAGCUCUUACAUGAGAGAUCAGCUGAUGGGAGAAAUUUGUUAAGCAAAGGUUACCUGUAAAAAAAAAGAAAUUAAAAGUGAAAACCAUUUUAAAUCGUAAUAACGACUAAGCUGUACAUUUGUAAUAAAUAAAUGAAACUAAAAUUGU